AUGUAUGGAAUGCUACUUGAAAGUGUUCAGCAUUUUAUAGUGCAAGAAUGCGGAGAGGAAAUAUGGGAGACUAUUCUUCAAGAAGCGGGAGCCAAGAAUACAGUUUUCAUGACUCGUCAGCAAUACCCAGAUGCUCUUAUGUUGCGUUUGGCUUGUGCUCUGUCACGAUUGCUAAAUAAAGAUCCAAACAGCCCAACAAUUUGCACACCGGUAACUCCGCCACCAAGAAAAUCAUCUUUAAAAUCCAAACCAGCUUGGAGAAGUGCCUCAGUCCAUGCAGAUAACAGAAGUCAAACCUUCAAAUGCCCCUUCUCUGCUGUAAGCGCUCUGACAGCAGUAACAAAGCAAGAAAUAGAGGCUUAUAACUCCUCAGAAGAAAUAAAGUCAACCACACAGAGUACAAUCUCUACAGAGAAAAUUUGUGAACUUGAAGAACUUGAUGCCACAACAACUCACCAAAAUAGAGAUAGGAGAAGUCUUGGUGUACAUUUGGAAAGGUUAAGAAGUGAUGAUACAAAAUCAGUGACGGUUACAGAACUGCCUAAAGAUUUAGAGCCCACAUCACCAAUUUCAGAAGCUUCGAAAUUCAGCUCACUGCCAAAAACCUCGUCUUCACCUUCAGAUUCUAGAAAAGGUUCUCUAAAACCUAGGAAAGUGAGCAUCACUGUCGCUCUCGAUGUGUACAAGCGUCGGGGUUCCGGAAACACUAGUAGACAAAGACUGAACAGUCUCAGUUUAUUAAGUGCAGACAGACUGAAUGUUUUAAAAGAGAAGUUUAGUACGCCUGAUAAAAUAAUGCACUUCUUUGGAAGAUGUUUUGUAAAGUUCUUCUCAAAUUUUGGGUACGACACAAUGAUUCGAGCAACUGGGCGUUACUUCUGUACUUUUCUUCAAUCAGUUGACAGCAUCCAUCAGCGUAUGAGGUUCACCUUUCCCCAAAUGAAAUCGCCAAGAAUGCAGCUUACCAGAGCCCAUAUUCAUGGAGCUGAACUGGUCUACAGUAGUGCUAGAACUGGAUACACACAUUAUCUUAUGGGUCAGCUAUAUGAAAUUGCUGAAGAUAUAUUCUCUUUGAAAUUGAAAGUGACCAUCGUAAAGGAGGAUUUUAUGGAGGGAAACAACCAUUACGUUGCUGUUUUACGACUUGAGUUUGAUAAUAGUGAUUAUGUGCAGUCAUUAAUGGCAAAGAAAUCACUACCUUGUCCUUUACCUGCCGUACCAGCCACUCUUCUGACCCAGCUGUUUCCAUUUGGGGUGCUUCUAGACAGAAAAAUGAAAAUACUUGUUGCGGGUGAUAAGCUGAUAGAAGCCUGGGGAGGUCCUUACAAACGAAUAUAUAAAACACAAGUCAGCGAAAUCCUAAGACUUAGGAAGCCAAAGAUAUCGUUCACAUGGGAUAAGGUGGUGUGCAUGCAAAACAUGAUGUUUGAAUUGGAACUAGUGCGGUGGCGGUCACUGAACCUCACAGAUUCGAGGCGAGGCUCGCAGGGUACUCGCUCUAUUCUUCUGAAGGGACCUAUCUAUUUUCUUGAAGAAAUUGAUGCUCUAGUUUUUCUGUGUAGCCCCAUAUUCAACAACCUGGACGAACUCCGAUUAGCUGGCUUAUACGUAGCUGAUAUGAAUGGCCAUGGCCUCUCCAAAGAAAUGCUUCUUCAAGGCUGGCAACACCUUUCUCGAUUGGAGUUAUUAUUUGAAAAAGCAGAAAACCGCUCUUUAACAUUGGAAAAGUCCUGGAAACUUAGAGAUGAAUGGAAGAAGAAAGGUGAUCAACUGCUCUACUCGAUGAUACCAAAGACAGUCGCCUAUCAACUGAGAGCUGGAAAAAUGCCGGAGGCUGAGCACUUCGACUGCGUCUCAGUUAUGUUCUGUGGAUUUCAAAUUAGACAGACUGGUACUAGAGAGGAUGUGAUGGCUACCGUGGGAUAUAUGAACAGUGUUUAUUCUAGAAUUGACCGACUUCUCGAUUCGCAUCAAGUUUAUAAGGUGGAGACAGUAGGUACCGUGUAUAUGGUCGUAGCAGGAGCUCCGGAGAGACGGCGAAGACUAGCCCAUGCCGAGUGCGUCGCUAGCGCCGCUCUGGCUGUGUCUCGAGCUUUGCCUAUGCUCACUAUUGGAAUCCAUUCCGGACCUUGUCAAGCAGGUGUAUUGGGUCAUAAGCAGCCCCGAUAUUGCCUCGUUGGGGACACAGUUAACACAGCUUCUCGAAUGCAGACAACAAGCGAACCAGGGCGUAUACAAAUAUCAGCUCAAACAGCGGGAGAGUUACCUUCAGGCAAGUUCAGACUUCGACAAAGAGGAUUGAUAAAAGUAAAGGGUAAAGGACAAAUGGAAACUUUCUGGCUAGAAGGGGAAAUAGAAGAAGAUGAGCAAGAUGAAGCUUUACAACUAUUUUCAAAGCUAUGCGAAGAGAAUGAGUAA